AUUCAACGUUCAUGCCAUCCGGACGCAAGCAACCCAGGUGGAAUAUGAGGUGCUGUUCCUCCAAUUUCCGGUGUUGCUCACUCUGGCAAUGGAGGAGACCCAGGACAGAGAGGUCGGAUUGGGAAUGGGAGGGGGAGUUGAAGUGUUGAGCCACCGGGAGUUCAGGUAGGUUAUUGCGGACUGAGCGGAGGUGUUCGGCGAAACGAUCGCCUAACCUCCGCUUAGUCUCCCCGAUGUAAAUCAGCUGACAUCUAGAGCAGCGGAUGCAGCAGAUGAGAUUGGAGGAGAUACAGGUGAACCUUUGUCGCACCUGGAACGACUGCUUGGGUCCUUGAAUGGAGUCGAGGGGGGAGGUGAAGGGACAGGUGUUGCAUUUCUUGCGGUUGCAACGGAAAGUGCCCGGGGAGGGGGUGGUACGGGAGGGAAGGGAAGAAUUGACAAGGGAGUUGCGGAGGGAGCGGUCUUUGCGGAAGGCAGACAUAGGGGGAGAUGGGAAGAUGUGGCGAGUGGUGGGGUCACAUUGGAGGUGGCGGAAAUGGCGGAUGAUUAUUUGUUGAAGAUUGUGCAAACUCCACACUGACCUGUGCAUGGAAUAUCAGAUCUACCAACAAAAACUUUGUCAGUGCCACAGUUUUGCAGCGAGUAGAGAGCCACAGAUCCAGGUUCGGUCCUGACCUCAGGUGCUGUCCGUGUGUAGUUUGCACGUUCUCCCUGUGACCGCGUGGGUUUCCACUGGGUGCUCCGUUUCCACCCACAUCCCAGAGACGUGCGGGUUUGUAGAUUAAUUGUCCCUCUGUAAGUUCUCUAGUUUGUAGGGAAUGGAUGCGAAAGUGGGAUAGCAUAGAACUAGUGUGAACGGGGGAUUGUUGGUCGACCUGGACUCGGUGGGCCGAAGGAACUGUUUCCAUGUUGUAUCUUUCAAUCACUUCUGUUAUCUGAUGACUAACUUUUGGAAAAUCUUAUCAACGGUAUGUGAUGUACAUCUUUUGUUUCCUCUAUAAUCCCAAAACGCUGGUGUGCAUUACGGUGCGCAUUAUUCAAGAAAAUACUCUUGACCCUGCAGGAGAACUUACAUUCAAAGCUGAUAAACACUUAGUUACAUUCUGACAGCGUAGGUCAAAUGAAGAUGUCCUUCAGGAAAAACGUUUGAUAUUGACAAUGAGCUGGAAGAUUGUUCGAGGUAUUUCACAUCAGGCCGGCUCACAAUCAUUGUGAUUCUCAGCAUACUUUUAAAAGGUGGACCCAUCUCAAUGGGAACUCUCUGUAAAAGGGAAAGAUAUCCUAUGAAUAAUUGAAUUGAAUUGAAUUAUAGGGCAUGGAACUGUACAGUGCAGCAACAGGCCCUUUGGCCCACAAUGUCUCUUUCAUGCCGCUAUCGUAUCACCACCACCCCUGGCAGCGCGUUCCAGGCACUCAACACCCUCUGUGUAAAAAAAGUUUGCCUGCACAUCUCCUUUAAACUUUACCCAUCUCACCUUAAAGCUAUUGAAUUGAAUUGAAUUGAAAAGUACAGCAUGGAAACAGGCCCUUCUGCCCACCGAUUCAAUGUCGACCCUCGAUCACCUAUUCACAAUGGUUGCAUGUUAUUGCACUUACCCUGGGGCAACUAACAGAGGGCCAAUUGACCUACAAACUUGCACGUCUUUGGGAUGUGGAAGAAUGUGUGCUAUCCAGUCAACGGAAAGACUAUGCAUGAUUACAAUCGAGCCGUCCACAGAGUACAGACACAGGAUAAAGGGAAUAACGUUUAGUGCAAGAUAAAGUCCAUAAAGUAAUGUUUAAAGUAAAGUUGCUAUCAUGAAUAAUUCUUAAAUAUUUUUUUAAAAACCUGUUCAGUCAUUACAUGAAGCCAAACAAUAAGCAAAUAAGUUUAGCACCGAUUCCUUUUCUCCAGAGAUGUUGCCUAACCCAUUGAGUUACUGCAGAUUUUGGUGUCUGGUUUAGUUUAGUUUUAGAUUAGAGAUACAGCAUUGAAACAGGCCCUUCGGCCCACCGAGUGCGCACCGACCAAAGAUCCCCACACAUUAACACUGUCCUACACACACUAGGGACAAUUUACACAUAACAAGCCAAUUAACCUACUCACCUGUAUGUCUGGAGUGUGGGAGGAAACUGUCAAUCUCGGAGAAAACCCACGUGGGCACGGGGAGGGUGUACAAACUCCGUACAGACAGCACCCGUAGUCGGGAUCGAACCCGGGGUUUCUGGCGCUGCAAGUGCUGUAGAGGCCACUUUCACAACCUAAUUCACGGCCUUUUUUACUCAUGGACAUUUUUCAUCAGGCUAGAAAAAACUCCCCGACCUACUUGAUGCCACGAGUACCUACGACUAGUAUCACGGCCUGCUACGACCUACCUAUGACCUCCUACGACCUCGUGACGACCAUGCUGCGAGUAUGAGUCAAGAGCAAACUCGGUAGAGUCGUGAAUUAGGAUGUGAAACUGGGACAGGCCCUUUAGUCAGCAACUCUACAGCUGCGCCACCGUGCGCCCAACAUCUAUUUCCUGUUUAACCCAGCAUCUGCCGUUCCUUCCUACACAUUUAACAUCGUUACUCAUUUUCAGAAAUGGAUUUUGUUCAAUAUUUCUUCUGGAGGGUUUGACCUCUGACCUUUCUUUUCCGGUUUAGGAUCAACAUUCUUGUGCAACACCCAUAUCAUUCCAGUCAAGAAUGAAGAAGGAGUGGUUAUAAUGUUCAUUAUAAACUUUGACUUUGUCGAUGAAGAGAAAUCCUUGCUGACUCCCGACGAUAUAAAUCACAUGUCACCUGGCAAAGAAACACGCCAAGGACGGUUCUUCAGGUUGAAGUUGCCUGCAAUCCGGCUGCUAACAUUCAGCAAACAGUCUCUGCCUCAGGAGGACCCAGACGUGGUGGUGGUGGAAUCAUCUAAAGUCAGCAAUGACUCUUUGGCCAUGAAGGACUUGAGGUCGCCCACAAGUGAAAGCUGCGGACCCUCGGAGUUUGAGGACACAAAAGCAUUGACAGAUCCGGGCAGUUCCCCACCCUUUAUCAACCUGCUGCCAGGACCCCUAGACCAUUCCUCACCAAAGCGGCAAUGGGACCGGCAGGAUCCGGAUAUGUUACAGACUACCUCUGGCCUAACCUACAAUCAGUCAAGGGAAAGUAUGUGCAGUCUACGGAGAGCAUCUUCAGUCCAUGAUAUGGAAGGAUAUCACGUCAACUCUCGCAUCAUAUUUCGGGAUCGACAUGCAAGUGAAGACAACGGACGCAAUAUCAAAGGACCUCUGAGUCAUUUCAAGUCCAGUCUCCUGGGCUCAACCUCCGAUUCUAAUCUCAACAAGUACAGCACAAUUAGCAAGAUACCGCAAAUCACCCUGAACUUUUCGGAUAUAAAAGCUGAGAAGACUUCAUCUCCACCUUCGUCAGAGAAGACCAUUAUAGCACCCAAAGUGAAGGAGAGGACACACAAUGUGACAGAGAAGGUGACGCAGGUUCUAUCUCUCGGAGCUGAUGUUUUACCUGAGUACAAGCUGCAGACUCCUCGGAUCCACAAGCUCACCAUCCUGCACUAUAGUCCGUUCAAGGCCGUUUGGGACUGGCUGAUCCUCCUCCUGGUGAUCUACACGGCAAUCUUCACUCCCUACUCUGCCGCCUUCCUGCUCAAUGACAGGGAGGAGCAGAAGAGGAGAGAAUGCGGAUACUCCUGCAGCCCGUUGAAUGUGGUGGAUUUAAUUGUGGACAUUAUGUUCAUUAUCGAUAUCCUAAUAAACUUCAGGACGACUUACGUGAACCAAAACGAAGAGGUGGUUAGUCAUCCGGCCAAGAUAGCGAUUCACUACUUCAAAGGCUGGUUUCUCAUCGACAUGGUUGCCGCCAUACCCUUUGACCUUCUGAUCUUUGGGUCAGGGUCAGACGAGACGACCACGCUGAUCGGCCUCCUGAAGACGGCUCGUCUGCUGCGUUUGGUAAGAGUUGCCCGUAAACUGGACCGCUACUCCGAGUACGGGGCGGCCGUUCUGAUGCUGCUCAUGUGUAUAUUCGCCCUGAUCGCUCACUGGUUGGCCUGCAUUUGGUACGCCAUUGGCAACGUGGAGAGACCUUACCUGGUGCACAAGAUCGGGUGGCUGGACUCGCUGGGCGAGCAGAUUGAGAAACGGUACAACUACAGCGAUGUCAGUUCAGGACCGUCCAUCAAAGAUAAAUACGUGACCGCACUCUACUUCACCUUCAGCAGCCUCACCAGCGUCGGCUUUGGCAACGUGUCACCAAACACCAACUCAGAGAAGAUCUUUUCCAUCUGCGUCAUGCUAAUUGGUUCACUAAUGUAUGCCAGUAUCUUUGGCAACGUCUCUGCCAUUAUCCAGCGGCUGUACUCUGGCACGGCAAGGUACCACAUGCAGAUGCUGCGAGUCAAGGAAUUCAUACGGUUCCAUCAGAUUCCCAACCCUCUCCGUCAACGACUGGAGGAAUACUUCCAACAUGCUUGGACGUACACAAACGGCAUUGACAUGAAUAUGGUCCUUAAGGGGUUUCCUGAAUGUCUCCAGGCAGAUAUCUGCCUUCACCUCAAUCAAGCAUUACUGCAGAACUGCAAGGCGUUCAAAGGAGCCAGUAAAGGAUGUCUCCGAGCCCUGGCCAUGAAGUUCAAAACCACACACGCUCCACCUGGAGACACUUUGGUCCACAGUGGUGACAUACUUACUGCACUUUACUUCAUCUCUCGGGGGUCGAUAGAAAUCCUGAAGGAUAACAUUGUCGUAGCAAUCCUUGGGAAAAAUGACAUCUUUGGCGAAAUGAUCCAUCUUUACGCUAGACCGGGGAAAUCUAAUGCUGAUGUUCGGGCACUCACAUACUGCGAUCUGCACAAGAUCCAAAGGGAAGAUCUACUGGAGGUUUUGGACAUGUAUCCAGAGUUUUCCGACUUCUUCUUAACAAAUCUGGAGCUCACGUUCAAUUUACGGGAUGAAGGCUCAAAGGCAGACAUCCUUCUCCAAGCAGAAUCCAGUGAUGAUUCAGACCAGGAUAUUCCCAGACUGCGAAGAAGAAAACUUUCCUUCAAGAAGAAAACUAACGCAGAUGAUGAUGAAGAUGAAUAUGGGAAGCAAGGAGCGUCGCAAGACAUCCCAAGUAGUGAACAGCAACUUUACUACAGAAAACGUGACUCAGAAGAUAGACGGAGUGCAUCAUCCUCCUGUUCUACCUCCAUGGAUGAAGAAAAGAAGCCAUUAUGUUCUGGCAUUCUGGAUUAUCCAGCAGAGAUAGAAGUGAACUGCAGACUAGACUUUGCACAGGGAUCUGACAUUCAGAGCCGAAGAGCUGAAAAAAGAGCAAAGUGUCCAGAUGCCAGCGAGAGACUAAAGGAUUGGGAAAGUGGAAAACCUGUGGAAUAUCCUGAUAUGUCCACCCAGUCUGCAUCUUCUCAUGCAGCCCCUGGUAUCUCAGAGUCAGGAAGUGACUUAACCUACGGUGAGGUGGAGCACAGAUUAGAUUUACUUCAAGAACAUCUCAGCAGAUUGGAAACACAGAUGUCGACUGACAUUCAUGCCAUCUUGCAGUUACUACAACGGCAGUCUAUGGUGGGACCUCCGGCAUACAGCAUGGUGACCGGGACAGGAGACUACCAGAGACCAUCGUCGAGAGUGGUACAUACCGUCCAACCCGUAACCACUAACCACAGUUUCCCAACAACUCCACAGAGUCCAGAAUUUUUGGACUUUGAGAAAUCCAACCUGAAAUCCAAAGAGUCAUUGUCCAGUGGUGUUCACCUCAACACUAUAUCGGAAGACAACUUUGCCGUGUUUUUGGACCAAGAACAAGAGCAAGAGUCGCCGUUGCAACCACUACAGGUGCAGCCCUCCCUACAGUCAACACGACACCCCUCCUUACCCAACCCCUCAAUACACACCACGGGACUGUUGGGUCUCCAUAGGCAUCUGUCAGAUCCUGGUCUUCCAGGCAAAUAACCAAUGAGCACUCUGCAUCUCAAUAGUUUUGCUGCUUUGAGUGGCUGUUUUUCCUUUUGAUGAAUAGCAUCCUCCAUGUACGACUCAGGGGUCUGUGAAAGAAACUGUCCAUAUGCAAAAGCACUGUAGAUUCAUAUCAGCUCUGAGCUCCCAAUGUCAAUGUUCCUCUUUAACAAUGAUCUGAAAGCUUCAAUAACGAUACAUUUAAAACAUUGUCGCACUGCCAGUAAUCGAAGGCACCUUAAAUAAUAAUAAGCCUGAAAUGCAUGCCGUUACAUUGGUUUCUGUGUUGCAUGAAGUUAAUUUGAACUCAAACUAGAGAGCUCAUGGG